AUGUCUUCUUCAUCGGGUGACAUGACGAUAGAUGAUGUAUGGGAUUAUGUGAAAGCUGCCGCGAUCGCCGGAUGGUCGAGGACCACUCGGCGCAUGCGUGCUGCUGGUGGUGUAUUGUUGUUCUUCAUCUUCUGCCUCCUGUUCCUCCGCCCUUCCAUCCCUGAAACGCCCUCCUUCUCGAAUCUCCCCUCAGUCUCCCUCCACUAUGGCACCGAAGGACCCAUCUCCCCCUUUAACAGCAGCAAAGUCGCCCUGCUCGUCGAGAACCGCCCUAACCCGAUCCUCCCACCCCUCGUGCUGCACUUCAUAGCUGUCGUCCCACCCGACUGGCGCUUUCGCGUCAUGGGCUCCCUCGAAUCCAUCGAGCUCCUCAACUCGUCCCGCGCUAUCCGUAACCAGGUCGCCAGCGGCAAGCUCGACUUGACUUACAUCCCGGCCAACAUGACGACGGGCUCCCAGGAGGAGAUCUCGAGAUUUUUGACCACGCUGUGGUUGUACGAGACGGUGCUGCAGCCCGCGGAGUGGCUGCUGGUGUUCCAAACUGAUAGCAUGCUCUGCGCGAAUAGUAGGCAGUCGCUCAACAGCUGGUUGGACUACGACUGGGUUGGUGCCCCGUGGAACCCGAACGGGCGGUUCGGCGGCAAUGGCGGGCUCAGUUUGCGAAAAGUGAGCGCCAUCAUCGACGUAUUGAGGAACCAGCAGCGUUUGCCCGAUUCUGAACCGGAAGACGUCUGGCUCACUGACCGACUGGGCCAUCGUCCAGGCGCCAAGUUAGCGAAUGGCACCAUGAGUCUGACGUUUAGCGGGGAGAUGUUUCCGGGAAAGGAGGAGAAAGUAGGCUCCGACAAGAAGAAGGGGAAGAAGCCUCCCGGGAUCGAUGGGUACAACGAGGGAGAACUAAUCAAAGGCAUUGAUGACUAUAGGGACGGGUUCUACGAGCCGAUGGGCUAUCAUACGGGAGGCAGCGGGGACACCUUGCACAGUGGAAUCUGGGGCACUCCUGCGAUGAGGGCACAUAUCUGGAGCUACUGCCCAGAAGUCAAGAUGAUGCUGGAGAUGGAUGCGGCCAAGUACGUGCCGGGUGAAUGUCAUGCCAACUGGAAGCGCAUGGAGGAGGGCUGGGGUGACAUGUACGAGACGUACGAGAUGGGUUUGCCGGCCACGGAGUGGAUUGAUGGGGAGGAAUAUCCCAUGCUACCUCAAGGGCUCAUGCCUUGGUGA